AUGGACGCGGGAACUAUUUUCGACGAUCGACCAAGGGCAGAAAACUUGCCUCAUCUCCUCUCGGGGAUUAACAUGGAGUACAUUGGUGAGACCCACCAGGCUCUUGAACAGGAACUCGACUAUCAAACCUUCCUUGAAAGUGAACUCAAAUCGCGGGUGUCUCGAGGACUGUACUCCCAGCAAGACGCAGCGAACCUCCAGAUGCUGAUUGAUUUGAAUCGUGAACACCUGGAAUCCCUCUCCCCCAUCACGAGCCUGGAACACAUCUUUUCGCAAAUCACCCAGAAAAUAUCAGAUCGAGCGGUUGACCUUGUGAACUUUCGUGAUAACCCCGCUUUUUGGGAUCGCAACCUCAGCAAAAAUGUCCGCAAUUGCUGGAAAACCGUCCAACGUUUCUCCUACAUCAGUCGUGUCCACAUUUCCAACGCCGCCGAGUACCAAAUGUUCUACUACAACUGUGAUCACUUCGUGAAAUCACUUGAGAAGAAAAUCGAAGUGAGCUAUAAUCGAUCUAGAAGCAUUGAUCUCGACUACCCGUCAGUCACUACCAACCGCCUUAACUCUCUUAUGACCGAGAGUCUCUCCAGCUUCCAGUCGAUGGCCGCGGACGUGAUGCGUCUCCUGGACAAAGCCAAGCACAUUAACCCCGUCUACCUUCGUCUACGUCCCCUGAACCGUCCAGCCUCAGGCAUAAUGCUGUGCGACUAUUCCACGAAGAACUUCAGUCUGCGCACCGGACAGCACGUCUACGUCUUGGACAACGCCACCGGCAGCUCCAUGGCCACUAGUUCAGCGGAAACGGAGGAGUCUGAAUCCAUUAGCGUCAGCAGUUGUUCGCGUUGCUGUCACCACCAGCACCCCGGAUGCGCCAACUGCGGACAGCCGCUGUCCUCAACCACCGGCACGACUACCACAACGACAGAAAUCACUGGCGAGUCGGCAAUGACCACAGACAGCAACUGGCAGGAGUCAGACGAGACGCCUGGCGACGUGAGCGAGGUCUCGACGACAGCCGGCAGCUCCCCCGAGUCGGGCGAUGAAUCCACCGCCCACGCGUGCAGCCACACCCUCUGCAGCCAGCGCGAGCCCCUGAUGUGGAAGGUGCGCACGUUGGACGGCAGCCUGACGGUCGAUGUGCCGGCUGUCACGGUGAUGAUCAACGAAGCCGACGAGGAAGCCAUCAGCCAUGCAUACGAGAUUUAUGACCACUUCACAAAUAUGUGGCGAGAGUCGAUUGAUAUCUGGCUCACAAAGGGUGUGCGCGCUCUCACUGGAUUCUUUUCGAAUCUCCUUGAAUCCAAGUAUGUACGCGUAGAAAGCCAGAAGGUCUUUGAACAACUGCUGGAAGAAGUUCAAAGGGCCUUUCCGUACAGCGACGCCGAAAGUGGAACUGCCAAUCUAGCCCUGAAGGAGCUAAUUACUAGUUUGAAGGAGAAAAUACGGAGGCAGGAGACCCGUGAGGAAUCGACAGAAGAUGUUUUCGUGAAGAUCACAGAAAUCGCCUCCUACAGAAAAACCGUGCAGAAGUUAAGGGACCACGCGAAUCACAUGAAGAGGUUUAUGAAGGAGGCAGAUGAAAGCACAAAGCCGGGUCAUUUCGAAACCACAAGUUUGAAGUCAAUGGGAGAACUGAACUACGUCUAUGAGGAGUCGGUAGAGGAGCACAGGAAGUUGGAGAAGAUGCUCCGUCAGGUGAACGCCUUUCGCACCCAACCGCGUUCAACGCGAGUACCGGUGCGGAAGAUAAACACAAUAUACGGGGAGUACUAUUCCUCAGGCGAAGAGAUGUCUUCUAGUGGCUCCGAGACCAGUGAUUCUCAGUACGAUGUCCAAAGACACCCCGCUGAGUCACCGCGACACCGCAUAAUAUACGGCAAAGACAUGACCCACCGAGUGACGGCCUUAACAGACAGACCAAGACAUAUGAGGGGUCCACAUCGGUCGGCUGUAUUCACUGAAGGCGAAGACUUGCCGACAGAUUCCAGUGACCUCUCGGAUACUGGAACACCUCGAAGAAGCAGCAAGGUGCUUCUUCGACCACUACAUAGGCGUCCCACGGACGAAACGUCGGAAGUGGUUGAGGAAACGAACGAUACUGUCAUAAGCUCUAUGACACUCAAACGGAAGUUGAACUUGGAAAAGGCAAUGAGGCAGGGUGGCCAGGAGCUUCCUGUUUCUCCUACUGAAAGCCGAUACCGAAGUCGACGUCAGCUUCAAUUCAAACCUGGGCCGCAAGAUACUGGUGUCUCUAUAGUUUAUCUGCAGAUAACGACAGCUAAAAGCACUCAGGACACAAUUGCACCAGCAGAUGAUAAUAAACAGAGCCGAGGAAUACAGCUGGACAUCGAAAAAAUCCCAGUAGACGGCAAGGAGGUGCUAAUGGUGGAACAAAGGGUUGCAUCCUGGCAGCCAGACGAAGAUGGCACAAUGCGACUUGAGCACGAUAUUUCACUAGACGCAUCCAAACGAAAGCGAGAAAUGCAAGCACAACAGGAAGGGCAAACAGCAGAAGUGAUAGUCUCAGGACUUGCAACCAGUCCAAGAAUAUGCGACAGAGGAGUGCAGAUUACAAGUGGUGAUAAGUACGAGGGAAUAAUGAAGCCGCCGCACUACAACACCAAAGACGCAUCAACACAGGCCAAAUUCAAGACAGCCAGAGAUAGCAAAGAAGUGCUGAAAAGCGAAAAAGUACAAACAAAAGCAUCAACCGAAGCAGAAACAUUGCUUGGAGGGGAAAUUCCGAUAUUACGCCAAACAGAAGAAACUCGAGUAGAGAGCACUGCACCAACAAAAGAAGUCACCGUAGAGAGAAUUACGGUCAAAAUGGCGAAGACACAAACGCCAGUUCUGAAAAUGCACAGAGCAUACAGAGAAACAGAAAAAAUUCAAACUGAACCUCAGAGCCUAAUAAGAAAAGAAGGACUUCCAAUGCUGCACACGGUGCCACCACUGACAUCACUCGCAGCACAACCCGACGAGGCAUUGACGACAACGCGAGUGGAGCACACCGACGUAGCAGUGAGUGCACCGAAGACGGAGGUAGUCACGGCCAUCACGUCGGGUGUGGAACAGCCA